AUGGGCUGUCACUUCUCGCGCACGUCAUCGACCGAAGACAUCCGCAAGAGCGUGGAUAAGACCCCAGAGCCCGUCGCAAAGAAAUCUGCCUCGACGAACCGUGCUCCAGCGCAAGAACUUCGUAGUGCCAACAACGGCAAUGUCUUGCAGAUUGCUGGAAAACCAAUCAUCGAGGUCGAGAGUGCCAGCCAAGCCGACUUCUUCCGCAUGUUGGACGACAAAAUCAACCGGGGAAAAGGCGGCGAAUCGGACUGUGAGGAUUGA